CUAUCGGUUUCUUCAAUCCGAACAGAAAUGUCGCUAAAGUUAAUCGCGCUGCUACUGUGCCUAGGAGCUACGAUGCUCCGGGCUGAGCCUGUCCGCUUCGAUAACUAUCGUUUGUACGAGGUUUCGAUCGCCAACCAGAUGCAGCUCGAUGCCCUUCAACUGCUCGAGCAGUAUCCUGACGGAUACAUCUUUUGGGAAUCUCCAGUGCAAACAAACAUGAAAAUCAACGUGGUGGUACCGCCGCACAAAACUGCUCAGUUCGAUGAGCUCCGAGCGCAACUCCGAAUCGAAAGCCGCAUGAAAACGGCCAACGUACAGCAGCUCAUCGACAAUGAAAGCUCCGUUAAAUCGAAACGCGAAACAUUCGGAUGGGAAGCAUACUACACGCUGGAGGAAAUGUACUCAUGGAUCGACGAACUGGUAGCACAGUAUCCAAAUAUUCUCUCAGUGUCCACUAUCGGCCAGUCGUACGAGGGUCGAGAGCUCAAGGCAGUCAAGCUGUCGUACAAGGCGGGAAAUCCAGGAAUUUUCAUUGAAUCCAACAUUCACGCACGCGAGUGGAUCACUUCGGCUACCGUCACGUGGAUUCUGAACGAGUUUCUCACCUCAACCCAACCCGAUGUACGUGAGCUGGCAGAAAAUUACGACUGGUACAUCCUGCCUGUUGUUAAUCCGGACGGUCUCCACUACACCAAAACGACCAACCGGAUGUGGCGCAAAAAUAGAUACCCACAUAGCGUGCUUUGUUACGGCGUUGAUAUGAACCGGAAUUUCCCUGGCCAUUGGAUGGAGGGUGGUUCAUCGUCCGUGCCUUGCUCAGAUACCUUUGCUGGUCCUGAAGAGGCUUCCGAGAUUGAAACGAAGCACAUCAUGAACUACUUUGUAUCGGUCAAGGACAACAUUCAUGCGUACCUGUCUUUCCAUUCAUAUGGUCAGUACAUCUUGUUCCCAUAUGGUCACAGCGGGGCCGAGUAUUCCGAGAAUUACUACGACAUGAUGCAGAUGGGAGAAGCUGGCGCAAAAGCCAUCUAUCAACGAUAUAAUACCGCUUACGAAAUUGGAACGACGGCCGAUGUUUUAUAUAUUGCUUCCGGUUCAUCUCCCGACUGGGCACACGGUACGCAGGGCACUCCGAUCGCUGCAACGUUUGAGUUCCGUGACAAUGGCUACUACGGAUUCAUUCUGCCUCCCGAGCAAAUUCUUCCCAAUGCAAUGGAAGUCCUGGAUGGAUUGGUGGCGUUCGUUAAAGAAGGAAAGAAAAUUGGCUAUUUUACGACUGCCGUUUAAUCAAUGCAAUCAUCCCACCCAACACGAUUUCUAACAGCUACGAUAACACAUCGGAGCAAUCAGCCGGAGAAAGAAAAAUGGGAUGCAUAAUCAUAAAUAUAACUGAUUGAUUGCAAGAA